UCUUUGAACCAAACACAAUUUUUUGUUUUUAUUUGUAACAAUUUUUUUGGGAUGAUCUUCCCUAAGUUUCUACAGAAGGAAAUGUCAGAUCAGAAAAGCAUGAGCAUGAAACAAAAGCGAGAGCUUCUGCGACUUACUUCAGAGGAAGAUGAACUACAAAAUACAGUGUGGAUGAAAUCUGUGAAGGUGACUUUGGGUCUUGUGGGGAAGGAGUCAUCCAUAGCAAGCAUUUACAGUGUUCCAAACCAACUAAGAAACUCCAACAACGAUGCUUUUAGUCCUCGGCUUGUCUCAAUCGGACCAAUUCACCGUCUUAAAGAUGGUCUACUUCCUAUGCAAGCUCACAAAUGGGUUUAUAUGCUCGAUCUUCUUCAACGAACACCCAAACCGGAAGAAUGCUUAGACUCGUGCAGCAAAUUCUUGUUGCAAAUAGAUAUGAUGGUUCGUGCAAGCUAUGCAGGACGGGUGGAUAAUUUGAAGGCUCAUGAACUUGCGGACAUAAUGCUGGUUGAUGGUUGUUUUCUAUUACAACUUUUUUUGAGGUUUGAUGAACAUUCAUCGUCAUCAUCAUCUUCAGCUCCAAAACCUGCAGAUCAAGAUGAUGACUGGGACCCACUUUUCAAGAACGAUGGAGCUUCAUCACGUUCAAUUCUUCCAUUAAUCAGGCAUGAUUUAACACUUUUUGAGAAUCAAAUCCCUCUCUUUGUUCUCGAGCAUUUAUUUGAUUUAAUCAAAUCCUCUCUUAAGGAGAAGAAGAAUCCCUCGUCGCCGUCCUUGUGCAAACACGAACAGCCUAAUGAUAAAGCCACUUCAAGUACUUCCUCGGAAAAAGGUCCAGAAUUCAAAUCCGCCGACAACGAUGGCCUUCAACAUCAACAAAAUAAUAAUAAUAACGAGGAACCUAAUUGGCAUAAGAAGUCAGUUAUGGAGCUUGCUCACUCUUUCUUCUCCUCCCCAUAUUUCUGUUCUAACCCUGAUAAAUUCGAUGAGAAAUAUUCACAUUUCAAGAAUUUCCUGGACGUUUUUCACAAAUCCUAUUACAUCCCCAAGGAAGGGAAGCGAGUUGGGUGUACGAAUACCACGAAAUUGGGAUACUGUGCCAGAGAAAUCGAACAGGCUGGGAUCAACAUCAUCAAGAUGAAAAAAGAAGCAGGUAAAAAAUUGAACUUGUUGCAAAUAUCAUUUUGUAAGGGAAGAAAAGAACUACGGAUUCCACCACUGAAAAUUCAGCAAACGACAGAGUCGUUUAUCAGGAACCUAAUUGCUCUGGAGCAAUGCGGCGAACUUGGGAAUUCAUGUAAUUACUUUACUUCAUAUGCUUUCUUCUUACGGGAUCUUAUAUGUUCAUCAUCGGAUUUAAAACUUCUUAUGGAUAAAGGAAUUAUAAAAUCCAACAAUCCGGAUGACCAGAAUGACAUCAGUAGCCUCUUGGAUCUUUUUCAAGGUCUAACACAAGGGGUUGAUAGUCUAGAAGAAUCCUGGUUUGGCACUCUGUGCGAGGACUUGAAUGAAAGCAUUAAACCGUGGUGGUGUUUUUGGCGGUGGCACAGAUGUUUGGAAUCUUGGAAAGUCAGGUUAUGGAAAUAUCACCUCAUCUUGUUGAGGGAGUACUGCCCAAAUCCAUGGAGAAUAACCCAAAUCUUCGCUGCCUUUCUAAUUCUGCUUUUCACUGGCCUGCAGACUUUCUAUACAGUGUCUUCUAGCUAGUUCUUUCAGUUUCUCAAUUAUGAUCCUUAAUUCCUAUCUAUUUAGUAGAUCUUCAACCCACUUGCGUGGAGGCUUGGAGAAUACUUAUGGAAAAUAUUGUAGCAAAAUGUAUCAAAUUCUUGUUUUGCUAAAUUGAAAAGAACUGUGUUUCAGCUCUGUGUUUCAACUCUGUUUCAUCUUGCUCCA